GCUCACUCAUUCACUAACAGCAGAUGCCAAGAAAAAUUAGGCGAGAGGGAAGUUGGACCUAGGGUGUACAACACAUCUGGGAAUGGAAGAGAUUGAGCAACUUUCUGUCCAGUUUUCCAGCGUGAUACCGGAAGACACGUUGACCCCAUCUCAAUUGCAGGGGUUUUUCCAAGUACAUUUAGAGAGCCCGCACGAUGCCGUCAAAAAUAUCGCCAGCUGGGUCGGACAAGAACUUGCAAGAGCUCAUCUCAAAGAGUUCGAAUUUAUAACUUCCAGUGGAAAGGCCUAGAGGUGUAGUAGCUAGCUAAAGUACUCUAAUGUGAUAUAGUUUGUAAAAUUAGAUGUAAUCACUGGGUGGAGUUUUUUUCCUUUCCUUUUCGGUUCUUUUUCGUUUGCCGCGGUUGUUUAAAUGAGGAGAGAAGGGCUUGCGUUAGAUGUUAGCAGUAAAUGCAUUUCUCAAGUCUAGCUUUUCAACAAUAUAAUCGACGUAGCUAACGGCGUGUAACACAUUUCCCCUAAUAUAAACAGCCUUGCAACGGACGAUGGCUGGCCCAUUGACCCAAGUUAGG